GUCCCUGUCGGUAUUCGCGUAGCCAUCGCCAUUAGCCUUGACAACAAAUAGUUUGUGUGCGUCGCCUCCAAGAGGCUAUAAGAAAUAAUACAGCACGGAAAAGCUACCUACCUCCGCUGUAAACCAGAGCUGAAAGAGAGGGAGAGAGGGGGGAAGGACGCAGAAUGGCGGCCGUGCCGUGCUCCAAAUGCACGGUAGAAAGAAAGGGCUUUCGGCGGGAACUUGACUCAUGGCGAUACAAGUUGAUCCACUGCGUUGGGUUUGAAAGCAUCAUAGAGGGAAUUUGUGGCUCAAUGUUGACAAGAGACCUCAAAUUAUGUGAUGACUGUGAACCCAAAGAAGUGGAUGACUGGUCUCCUGAGGCAAACUGCUCUCACUGCUCAUUCUGCAACCUUCCCCUGGACAAACUCGGUGAUCAAGCACCCGCAACCGCGUCAUCUCUGUCCUCCCCCUCCGAUUACUCUCCAUGUCAAGCUUCGACCAUCUCUGAGAGCAGCCAAACAGCUCACAGGUUCCUCCAGGCUGUGUUCCACAAGAAAGAUAUGUCCCUGGGCUGUGAUUCCAACAUUCCUCAGAUUGCCCAGGAGCUGAUGAAAAAGAUGAUACACCAGUUUGCCAUGGAGUACGCAUCAAAGUGCCUACUCCACACCACGCCCGUGGAUGUUGCAACUAGGACCUCUUCGCCUUUCUUUGAAACGGCAGAUGCCCCAUUGGACCUGACAGUGAGCCGAUCUCUGGGUGAAAAAGAAAGGGAAUCUAAUACUGCAGAUGGCGUGCUUGACCUCUCCAAAAACAAUGGUGCCAGUUCAACAACUUCAACAUCAUCUACAUUGAAUGCAAAAGCCUCGGGCUCCCUCCUGCCCUCAGAUGAAGAGGCGUCGGAAGAUACACAGCAGAGGAAGUCUCAUCAGGAAUCGGCACUGGCUAUUAUCCUUAGCUCUCUCUGCCCUGCACAUCGUUCCUUACUGUACCAGAUGCUGAAGUUGGCACACAAGGAAAGAUUGCUCUCGUCCCCAGAUCGCGUUCCAACGGAAUCUCAUUGCUGUCACGGUGGAGUGAAGAGCAACUCAAUGCACCUUUUGCCUGAUUGUGGUCAUCGAGGCUGCAGAAGCACAAUGUGCCAUCCCAGACACGCAAUACCCAAUCACGGCAUUGCUAAAUUCCCUUUAAAAGACAAUCGAAGUGUAGCUUCUUCGGGUCCACACAACUGCCGUAUGCAAAGGUGCAGAAUGGACACCUACACUGUGGUUUGCCACAAGAGUCAGCACUGUAUUUCCUGCCAAGGUCUGCAUGUAGAUCCCAUUAACAUUGUGUGUUCCUUUGAUCCUUGCACUCCGAUCUGCUGUAAGCAUCAUAAUCCUCACCCUUGUAUAUGUCUUGCAAACCACACCUGUUUGACACAUCUUAAGAAUACAUCAGACACAGAAAGGGAUGGAGAUCCACCUUGUCCUGUUCUGAAUAGAGAACAGAACCAUUUUCCACCUCCGCUUUCUCCAGUCCCUUUAGAUAUUGAAGCGAUUCCAGAUGAAAUGCCACCUUCGCUAUGUCACCAUACACUAGAGGAGGAGGCACUAAUCACGGAUAAAGCAAUACCCGAGGAGAUAGAGUGCAGGAAGAACCAAAGUGGAACUUUACUGCAAGAUGUGUUCAAUCGCUUCAGUGAGAAACUUGAGACUAUCAGACCCGCAGAGAAGGACGUAGCUUUGGUCUACCCAGCCAUGCAUGUGACAGAAAAGGAUGCGUUCAAGUCCUCUUCCAUUGGUCAAAACUCACAGGAUGCCCAUCUAACUGAAAUCAUUACCACUGUUCUUCACGCAAGCAGCACCAGUGACUAUAGCCUCAGCGAUUUGGUCAAUCGCCACGAUAGCCAAGAACCGAGGUCACCAAACACACGCUUACGUCGGCGUCAGGAAGUCCAGGCAGCUAUGGCGACACCGGCUGACGGUACAAUGACCCGAAGGAAACGCUUGCAAAUUAAACGAGAGCUUGCAGUAUAUGAGAGUAGAACAUACAACAGAAGAAACGUUGCACAAGCAAGGAGAUCACAAAUAAAAGAUGGCAAUGUUGCGGUAAACGCAGCUAGCACUUUGUCGACCUCGAAUGUCAUUCAAGAAGAAACAGAACCUGAGUUGAAUAUGGAGGAUCAAAGAGUUAAGGAGGUACCACUGGAUGCUGUCUCUGCUAAAAGACACUUCAAUGACAUCAGGAUACAAACGGCGGAAAUAUCCGCAGAUGAAAACGAGCCAACGUCUCCUGACCUGCAGAGCAACCAGGAUGACGGUGAGCAGUCACAGGUGAUCACUCCAUGUGAUGACAACGUUAGUGAGGCUAUGAUUUUGGAAAAUGACUCAUGUACCCAAGGUGUUGCUACUAAAAAUUGCGAUGAUAGACCAGAUUGCAGCCAUAAUCCUACUGAAGACAGUCCGGGUCAAAGAUCCCCACCAAAAGAGUCAAGGAGAUCGAGGAGAAAUAUAGUCCCUCCGCAACGAUUCUCCUCUUAUGUCACAGAACCCAGGAAAAUGUACUUUGUCGCAUGUUUUUCUGAAAGUAUUUUCAGCCAGAGAAUACACAAUGACAGGGUUUUCACAUUGACCACCUCGGAUGCCUUAAUGAAAAAUGUGCACGUUAAGGAUGCUUCUUUGGAGCCCUCAGAAAAGGACUCCAACCUCAGUUCAUGUGAUCUCCCAGAGGCGUUACAAAAUAUCAGUCGAGAAGAACACGGUCCAUGCUAUGCAGAAUCAAACGAGCAAUCCCAAUCAGAAUCCAAACCUGUAUCAAGAAGGCUCCAGUACCCAAAUGUGGGUGUAACUACCAGGUCCGCAACCUGCGCCAAGACUUCUUUCAACUGUCCAAUCCAGUACACGAGCCCAAUUAAGUUAAUGUUUGUGUCACCGUUAAAAGACAAACAAGGCAUCAAGUAUCGGCUUAAGUCGGCAAGGUCUGGAUCAAAUGCGCAAGCAGAGGAACCCUUUGACCCAUGCAAAGAAUCCUCCUGGGCUGGGACAACGGAGAAGAACCAGAACACAUCACAACAACAGUCAUCUACCUCACCGGGUAAAACAGCAUGCCCAAUCACAAAGUCAGGUUCUCCACAAGCUAAGUCCACUUCUUCGUCACUUAAGUCCACUUCCCCUCUCAAAUCAGGCUUGGGAGCAGCCAGGACACCUUCCUCAUCACCCAAGUCUCCAUCUUCACCAAAUGUGCCUCUUUCCUCAUUAUGUAGGUCUACAUCUUCACCAUCAAAGUCAGCUUCUGCUCCACUAAAGUCAAAUUCUAAGUCGCCCUCCCCAUGUGGCAAACCCACUGCUUCACCCAGGUUGGCGUCUUCUCCCCCUAAACUAGGCUCCAGGAGAGUCGGUGAAUGUACUCCACCGGAGAGUCAAAGAUCACCGAGUGACUUGCAGGCUUUCCAUGGAACCACUUCCCCGAAAAGACGUCCCGGUCGGCCAAAGAAACUGGGGCCGCACCUGGAGCAAAAAGCAAAGAGACCAAUCGGUCGACCGCGAAAGCAGAAGCCUGAAGACACGGAACCGGGGGCAAAAGCAGCAAAACUUCCUGAUGUAAACGAGGACAACGUCAACAAGAACCUCAAAAUAACUGUAUUGUACGGUCGAUCAAGAAGAAACAAACGAAUGGUUUCAGAGAGCUUCGAUAAACUUCAAACUGAAUUCCAAGAUGCCUGGCGAGCGGCAAACCUGAAAAACAGAUUGGGCGUCUUAACACGCAAGUCUGAGAUCAACAAUUCCCAAAUAGGCUCAGCAGAUGUCCGCCCUAUGAAAGACCUUAGCAGCGACCUGAAAUCCCAGAAAAGAGACAAAGCCUUACCCUCAAGAAAACCUGGUAGACCUGCAAAAGUGAAGAUCUCUGGAAUUUCGGUCACGGUUACCACAGUGUCACCAAAACAACGGAAGAUUUUGAUUGAGCGAUCUCCUGAUAGACAAAUGAAUAAAACACUCCUGCCAGAAUUCCAAAGUGUCAAAGAGCCCAGGACAAUUAGCAAAAACUGCAAACAAGCGGAGGAACCGAAAGAAUCCCAGAGUGUAAAUUGGAACAAACCGCCUAAUCAGCCUGUCGCUGUCCGUCAGUCAAAGAGAGUCAGCAAGCCAUCCAUCUGUUUUUUGCACGCCGUUGCCACCUCCACGACUAGAACCUACAGUCACAGUAACGCUCUUUUACGCCGCUCGAAAAAACUUCUACUCAACAAGGCCAGCCAUAAAAGGAAACAAGAGGAGAAGCAGAGUAGAGUAGAACGUUCUGGAAUGAAAAGACAACACUGCGACCGUCAGAAGAAGAACAUCUCUAAGGAACUUACCCGAGUGGCAGGUGUUUCUGUGGAUUCCAUCUUUGCUCCAAAGCAAGCAUUCCGCUGGUGGCCGGCGUCUGCUGAGGAACAGGCCUUGAAACAGGAGCUUGCCAGACGUAUACGCCUUAUCUCCGAGACCUGGGUGUCGGACAUUGUGGAGAACCAUCAAGUAGACAUUAAAGUCAAAGUAGACACAGAAGAAAGCAAGUCCUCUGUGGUUCAAAGCCUGUUCAGCUGCCCCCCGAAUAGACCCAGAUCCUGUAGUAUGCCACAGCUCUGCUCCUGGUUCAUGCAGACCACAGAAACGCAGUCCUUGGCCAUUGUGAAGAAGACAAGCUCUCGUAAUCCUUACGAAGUCAUGCACUUCCCGUGCUCGUUUAACAAGGAAGGCGUUCAGCGUCAAAGUCCUCAGGCAGAACGUCUUCGAAGACAUCUCAAGAAGUUUGCCAAAACUUUGCCAAAAAGUCCUGUCCAGCUUAAACAAGCUGAAAGACGCUUGAAGAGAAUGAGGGCACCUCUGUCCAUCCGAAACAUUAAACGACGACUUUUCAUUACCAGGAUGGUGAGUCCAGGACGCUGGAGCCAAUACCAAGCCACUUUACUUAGAGCAAGGACGCGGUUCCUGACCCCGAAACAGAGAAAGAGGUGGGCAGAAAAGCAGAUCAGCUUACAAGAACCUUCAUGUCGGCUAAAACUGAAGGCAUCAAACAAAACAUCAGCAAAAGAAGUCCAAUCUCAGCAAGAACCAAACAUCUCCAACAUCUGGAAUGCUCAGCCACUGAAGGAAUGUCGAGUAUUUUUGAGAAAACUCAACAAAUCAGCAGAGGACUGGGACUCUGGCCCCUUGACACUGGAUGAUAAGAAGUCAGCGUCUGCGUACAGAAACGAAGACCUGCAAGGAGUUCAAGCUGUGAAAAGAAGAAAGACGAGCACCAAUGGCGGGAGUGCGGAGUCCGUACCUGAAUCGUCUACGUGGAGGCACAAGGAAGGCACAUGUUCUCACGAUGUUUCCACAGGAGCACCACAGCCACCACCUGCAAAAAGGCUGCGACAAUCGCGGUUGAAGGGCCUAAGUGGGCCCAGGUGGUGCGACUUUGUCUUUGGAAGCUAGCUGGUGAGGCCUCCUCCUUCCUUCGUUCCUGGACUGUUUUGUUUUUUUAAGUUUGUUUAUAGAGUGCCUUUGGACUCUUGAGAUGACCUCCAUGUGGGCAGACCUUUCCACUGCAGUUCAGUCUAACCUACAAUUAUGUAGCAGCCUAACUUAUGAGGAAAACUAGCUUUUAACGUUGCACUAUUGUUCUAUGUACCGGAUCCUUUUUUUCCUUUUAAAACUAGUUAGUCUGAAGACAGAACUGCAUAAAGCCCAGGGAGACCUCUUUAUCGAGACUGCCACUUCCCCCCGUAGAGUAAUACUUGUCACAAGAUCUUAAACGUUUCACAUAUUUAAGUUAAAUUUAGUUACCAACAUUAGCACUGCUGAAAUGUAAAUUCUUUAAUUGUAUGUUACGUUAUUUUCACACAACCUGAGCCUAUUUUUUUUUUUUUUGCUAUGUGCUUUGAGAGAUGAAGGCCAACCAUAAUGUGCACAUCUUAGCAACAAUUGAAGCAGUUUUUCUUUAUUCCUGUUACAUUGAAAUGAGAUUUUUGUCGUUUUCACCCAAAGCAUUUACAACCUUGCACUAUUUUUGCUAUUCAGAUUCCUUUCCCAAUAUUUUUGCACACCCGCUGUCCUACUAACACCUACUGUAAAACUCUAUAGUCAUAUAUGGUGCAAUGUAUUAAUGUAUUUAGUCAUUUUAUUUCUGACCGAUAGAUUUCCCAAUAGCCAUAGUGUGAUAAGCAUUGAACUACAUUUACUUGAUACUUAAAAUGGGAUAAAUCUCUGAAUGUUCUGAACUCCUGUUUUUCCACAAGUGUUGUAUUUAGCAGAAUAGUAGCUGGAUAUGCAUGGAUGGAGCCCAACUCCCUGCGGCUAAUGUUGUGCUGUUAUUACUUAUUUAAGACCACAAACUAGUUAACUGAAGCAACAGCAAUUGCCCAUCCUGUAACUCCACAAUAUUUUAGGAUCCAGAAUCUGAAAAUAUUCCGAUAGCAUUAAAUGUUUUUUGUUGUAGCAUUAUGUCCUGUUUAAAUGCAGUUGCGAGAUUACCUUCAUUUUGGCAGCAGGACAUCCACCGAGAAAAGUGAGGGCGACUGUUGCCGUGUGAUGGAUGAGUCAACACUAAUGUGUCACCUAUGUAUAUAUGUCGUGUUUGUGUAUUUAUGUCACUCUAAAAGGGGUGGCAGACAAAUUUUGGGGACAAUUGAACUGCUCGAAGUUGGUGCUAAACUUCUGCUUUUUUUCUGCGUUGUUUUUAUACUGAUGGGUGUGUGAUGGCUGUUUGGGUGAAUAAAGAUGUUUUUUCCCUCAAA